AUGUCACAUAGGAGUGAUGGCUCUGGUGGGUACUAUCCCCAAAGCAACGCGACUUUUACUGGUCAGAAUCACCGAUUCAAUGCUAUGAGGAUGGGUGCUAACAAGGGCGAUCAAAGACAGGCUCUUAACCACAGCAGAAAUACUCAGCUCUUCAUGGGAGAUUUGGAUCCAAGUUGGGAUGAAACCGCCAUAAGAGAAAUUUGGAAGAGCUUGGGAGAAGGUAACAUAGACAUUAAGAUGAUGUGGAACAAUCGGAAUGGAUCCAGAACUAAUAUGGGAUUCUGCUUCAUCCAAUUUCCAUCUCAGGAACAUGCGUCGAAUGCACUUUUGAAAAAUGGGGCACAGAUUCCCGGUCAUCCUUCGAAGACAUUAAGAUUGAACUGGUCAUCUUCUUCGUACAGUAAUAGCCAAGAGUCUGGCGAGAUAUCAGUCUUUGUUGGUGAUCUGGCACCUAAUGUUACUGAAGCUGAUCUUUUUGAAGUCUUUAUCGCAAGAUAUGCUUCAACGUCGCAUGUUAAAGUGGUCUAUGAUCCAGUCACAGGCGUUUCAAAGGGUUAUGCAUUUGUCAAGUUUGGUAACCGUGAAGAUCAGCAGCGGGCUCUGCAAGAAAUGGCCGGGACAUUUGUGAAGGGCAGAGCUAUAAGGAUUGGCAGUGCUGGCCAUCAAACACAAAGAAAUCGAGGUGGACUUAUGACGGAUAAUAAGUCGAGAAAACUAACCGGAACGCUAUCAAACACAAAGUCUUCCAAGGUCAAUGCCAUUAGCGCUUCACAGUUUAUGUUUCCCACGCAGCAAAUACCCCCUCUCAACUGCUUCACAGAUCCAAACAAUACUACAAUUCUUCUGAAAGAUCUCUCGCCUUCUGUCAGCGAAAAAGAGCUGAGAGCAUCGUUACAGCCCUUUGGACAGGUCGUUUACGCUAAGAUGCUUCCCGAUAAGCGAUGUGGUGUUGCCCAAUACGUUGACAGAGUGGCCGCUGAAGCAGCUUUACGCAAACUACAAGGAUUCCGCAUCAGGGGCUCAAAAAUCACCGUGUCGUGGAGUAAGCCAGUAAGGCAAAUGAAUGAACUCCCUAGUCAGUAUCAGGCUCAUCCAUCACUCAAAGAACCUACGUAUGGAUACAUCCCACCUUCCAGCGACAGAAUGCUCUCUAGUCUGCCUGGUAAGGACCUCCAUCCCAACCAAAAUAUCAAUGAUGGCGAGAUCGCGUUGCUUCCGGGCUGCUCUACUUUCCAAUAUACUCAGUUCCCAGCUAGAGCAUCGGGAGUGCAGAACGUUUUCGAGCAGGACCCGGGCGAGACAGCUACUCCGGAACCCCGUAUAUUCCAAGAUACAGAUGUUUUCAUCCAGUCAGCUCUAUGUAGCAUGGACAGAAUCGAGGACGGAAGCAAUGGACAUCUUUUUGCAUAA